AUGCCCCAAUUCAGCAAGCCACCCCCGCAGAUCGAGGACGACCUCGUCCAGCUUUCCUACCCAGCCGAGCACAUUCUGCAGAUCAAGAUGAACCGGCCAAAGGCGUUCAACGCGAUGAACAACGCUCUCAACUCGACGCUGGAGGAUGUGCUCAACUGGUUCGAGAGCGAACCGACGCUCUGGGUCGCCGUGCUCGGCAGCACCAACUCCAGAGCAUGGUGCGCGGGAAUGGACCUUAAGCAGGUGAAUCUGGGCGCCAAGGCCAACUGGACGCGCAACGGCUUCGGCGGCAUGACGCAGCGGUUCACGCGCAAGCCACUCAUUGGGGCAAUCCGCGGUUACGCUCUUGGCGGCGGUGCCGAGAUGGCCAUGAACCUCGACAUCUGCGUCGCGGGAGAGGGCGCUACGUUUGGCUUCCCUGAGGUGAAGCGCGGCGUCGUCAUCCUGGCUGGCGGACUGGAGCGCUUUGUCAAGCUUGUAGGACAUCAGCGCGCAUGCGAGAUGGCGCUUACAGGCCGCAACAUCUCGCCCCAGGAGGCCAAGUCACUCGGCAUGGUCAACUACGUCGUCCCGGACGACCAGGUCGACGCCAAGGCUCUCGAGAUCGCCAUGACCAUUGCCUCCAACUCGCCCGACUCGGUCAUGGCGACGCUCUAUGGCAUCCGCGUCACGGACGAGGCGGGCUCUGCGCGUGCGGCCCACCGCCUGUUUGUCGACAGCGCACCCAUCAAGCAGGUUAACGAAGGCGAGAACACCAAGAUUGGCGUCAGGGCGUUCGCCGAGAAGAAGCAGCCCAAGUGGGUACCCUCGAAGCUGUAG